UUUAGAUUGUUUUAAUCGAUUUAAAAAUGGAAAAGAGUGAGAAACAGGAGCAAGGCGAGGAGAAGAGUGCACAAGAGCGUCCGGAUGACACGGUGAAGAAAGCGCAAAGUGUCGAAGAGUCUCCAAAACCGAAGGGCAUAAGCGCAGUGGCCGUGCUGUGGACGUUCGGGAAGUGUCUGGGUGCCCUGUUACCUGUUUACCUGGCCGGGUACUACCGCGUGAGCACGAGUCUGCUGGUGUGCGGGAUGAUGGUGUACACGGGCUGGAAGCACGCGAGGGAGGCGAAGGAGGCGCGGCUCAGGUCAGCGCUGCAGCUGUUCAGUGACGAGGACGAGCUGAUGACCACCAGAGUGAGCAGACUGAAGAGAGAGCUCCCAGCCUGGGUGAAUUUUCCAGAUGUGGAGAAGGUGGAAUGGCUCAACAAGGUGCUGCAGCAGGUGUGGCCGUUCGUUGGACAGUAUCUGGAGAAACUUCUGGUGGAGACGAUCGCUCCAUCCAUCCGAGCCUCCAGCACUCACCUCCAAACGCUCAGCUUCACCAAAGUCGACAUGGGAGACAAGGCCAUGAAGGUUGUCGGCAUCAAGGCUCACACAGAGAACGACAAGGGCCAAGUGCUGCUCGAUCUGUACAUCAGCUAUGUCGGCAAUGUUGAGAUCAACGUUGAGGUGAAGAGGUACUUCUGCAAAGCUGGAGUCAAAGGAAUCCAGCUCCAUGGGAUGAUGAGGGUGAUCCUGGAGCCUCUGAUUGGAGACGUUCCCAUUGUCGGAGCAGUGACUAUGUUUUUCAUCCAGAGACCUAAACUGGACAUAAACUGGACUGGACUCACUAAUCUGUUAGAUAUUCCUGGACUGAAUGUGAUGUCCGACAGUAUGAUCAUGGACGCCAUCGCCUCGUUCCUGGUUCUGCCCAAUCGUCUGGUGGUUCCUCUGGUCCCUGGGCUCCAUGUGGCUCAGCUGCGCUCUCCUCUGCCCAGGGGAGUGGUUCGCAUCCAUCUAAUUGAGGCUCAGAAUCUGGUUGCUAAAGAUAAUUAUGUAAAAGGCGUCAUGGCCGGACUGUCCGAUCCCUACACCAUCCUCAGAGUGGGACCCCAGACCUUCACCUCCAAACACAUCGACAACACAGACGCUCCCAAGUGGGGGGAGAUCUAUGAGGUGAUAGUCCAUGAAGUUCCAGGGCAGGAGCUGGAGGUGGAGGUCUAUGACAAAGACACAGAUAAAGACGACUUCUUGGGAAGGGUCAAGGUGGAUCUGGGCAUCGUGAAGAAAUCCACAGCUGUUGAUGAUUGGUUCACUCUGAAGGACACUCCGUCAGGACGAGUUCACUUCAGGCUGGAGUGGCUCAAACUGCUGCCGACCAACGACAAACUGGACGAGGUCCUGAGUAAGAACAUCAGUGUCGCCAGCAGUAAGACGGCAGACCCGCCCUCGUCGGCCAUCUUGGUGCUGUAUCUGGACAAGGCUGAAGCUCUCCCCAUGAAAAAAGGGAACAAGGAGCCAAAUCCUAUAGUGCAGCUGUCGGUCCAGGACAUAACAAGAGAGAGCAAGAUUUGUUACACCACUGUUAAUCCAGAAUGGGAGGAAGCAUUCACCUUUUUCAUUCAAGAUCCACGCACUCAAAACGUUGACAUACAGGUGAAAGAUGCUGACCGUGUGCAGACUCUGGGGAGCCUCUCCAUCCCUCUGUCUCGGCUCCUCUCAAACUCAAACCUGUGUCUGGAUCAGUGGUUCCAACUCGAGAACUCAGGAUCAGCCAGUCGCAUCUACAUCCACUCUGUGCUCCGGGUUUUGUGGUUGGACGAAGAGCGUAUCACUGCAGAUGCCUCGUCCAAACUCGAAGAAGGCGUUUCCAAACAGCUCCCCCAGCAGACUUCUCCUCAUUCCAGCUUCGCCACUGAGGGCCUGCUCAGAAUCCACCUGUUGGCCGGUCAAAACCUGGUACCCAAAGAUAACCUGAUGGGAGGAAUGGUGAAAGGAAAGAGCGAUCCUUAUGUCAAAAUGAACAUCGGAGGAGAGACUUUCACCAGCCAAGUCAUCAAGGCCAACCUCAACCCCACCUGGAACGAGAUGUACGAGGUGGUUUUGACUCAACUUCACGGUCAGGAUCUGCAGCUGGAGGUGUUUGAUAAAGACAUGGAUGUAAAGGACGACUUCAUGGGGAGGCUGAAAAUAAGUCUACAAGACAUCAUCAAGUCUCAGUGCACAGAUCAGUGGUACACGCUGAACGAUGUGAAGUCUGGUCGUGUCCAUCUGGUGCUGGAGUGGGUCCCAACUUCCUCUGAGUCAAACCACGUCGACCAGGUUCUUAACUUUCUCUCAAGGCAGUCGUACCAGAACAAAGCCAUUCCCGCUGCAGCUCUUCUCUUUGUCUUAAUAGAACAGGCCGAUGGUUUACCAGUGAAGAAGAGCGGUAAAGAUCCUAAAGUGGGAGCAGAAAUCAGGCUGGAUAAACAGUCUCGUAAAACAACAGUGUGUGAUCGAACUACAUCUCCCGCGUGGCACGAGGCUUUCUGCUUCCUGGUUCGUGACCCCAGAGAGGACAUACUGGUUGUCAAGCUGUCCCAUAGCUGGACACUGCCCAUCGGCUCCCUGGUCAUCCCCCUCCGAGAGCUGCUGUCGGAGCCGGAGCUGGUCCUGGAUCAGUGGUUCCAUCUGGACGGAGGUCUCCCAGACAGCCAGGUGCUACUCAGGGCCGAACUCAAGAUGUUGAUUCCCUCCAAAUGUCCAGUGCCCAAAGAGCCCAAAGUGAGUGUCCCUGCUCCAUCGGGUCCUCCGCCUGCCCCCAGAAGAGAGGAGACUGACCCUGCGCUGAAAUCCAGCUCUGUGGAUCCUGCUCCAGUGGAGACUCUCGUUCCCUCAGUGUUGGUGAGAGACGAGGAAGAGGUUAAAGCUGCAGAAGCCCCAACAGCAGCAGAGGAAGAGGAAGAGGAGGAGGAGGAAGAGGAGGAAGAGGUCCCUGUGGUCACCCUCCCGCCCCACACCUCUCCAGAUAUCAGCUUCGCCAGUGAGGGGAUGCUGAGGAUCGUCCUGCUGGAGGCUCAGAGUCUGGUGGCCAAAGAUAAAGUGAUGGGAAUGGUGAAGGGGAAGAGCGACCCCUAUGCCAAGAUCACUGUGGGACAAUCUGUUUUCAAGAGCAACGUCGUGAAGGAAAACCUCAACCCCGUGUGGAACGAGAUGUACCAAGUGGUGCUGAGGGCCCAGGCGGGGCAGGAGGUGCAGGUGGAGCUGUUUGACAAAGACAUGGACUCAGACGACUUCUUGGGCAGGUUCAAAGUGAGUGUGGCCGACAUCAUCGGCUCACAGUUCUCAGACCAGUGGUACACCUUAAAUGAUGUUAAAUCCGGUAGAGUUCGUCUGAUUCUGGAGUGGAUCCCGACCGUUUCCCAUCAUGCAGCACUGGCCAGAGUGAUGCAGCUGCAGUCUCUCCAUUCGUACAAAAACAAGGCUGUUCCCACGGCGGCUCUGCUCUUCGUUUAUUUGGACCAAGCUCAUUCUCUGCCUUUCAAGAAAAGUGGAAAGGAGCCCAAGCCUGCAGUGGAGCUGGUACUUGGGAAGACAAGCCACAAAACCAAGGUGUGUGACCGCUCCAGAGCUCCAGAGUGGAAAGAGUCGUUCUACUUCCUGGUUCAGAAUCCAACUGAAGAAAUGCUCAUAUUGAAGCUGUCCAGCGCCUGGGACCAGCCCAUUGGGUCUCUCGUCCUCCCUGUGAGAGACCUCCUGUCCGAGCCUCAGCUGGUUUUGGACAAAUGGCUGAGUAUAGACGGAGCUGCACCUGAAAGUCAGAUCCUGCUGCGGGCCGAACUCAAGAUCCUGGACUCACAGCUGACUGAGGUCCCACAGCUGUCUGUCCCUGGAGCAGAGGAAACUGAACCCACUUUUAAAGCAGUGAUUGAAGACCAGAACCCCCCAGAACCUCUGCAACAGGAUCCUGUUUCAGAGUCGAUGCCUCAGGUCCAAGAAGCAGAUGUGGAACCAGACGAGACGCAUAUCUCUCCUCACAUUUUACCGUCUGCUCCUCCUGCUGCUGAGAUGGAGGAGGAGCAAGAAGAGACAGAACCGCUCAUUCACUCAGGGCCUACAGCGACGGAGUGCUUAAAGCCGAUGGGAGACACGAAAGGUUCUGGUCUGGAGGAUCUAGUCCAGUCCACAGUCACUGGUCUCCCUGAAGAACCUGCUGAAGUUCUGCCUCCAAACACCACUCCAAACCACGACUUCGCCACAGAGGGCUUGCUGAGGAUUUACCUGCUGGAAGCUCGCAGUCUGGUGGCCAAAGAUAAUCUGAUGGGUGGGAUGGUGAAAGGAAAGAGCGACCCCUAUGUGACCAUCACCAUCGGGAAAACUGCAUUCAAAAGUCAUGUGAUCAAGGAGAACCUCAACCCCACCUGGAACGAGAUGUACGAGGUGGUGUUAAAAGCAGACAGUACACAGGAGAUCCACGUGGAGGCGUUUGAUAAAGAUCUGGACUCUGACGACUUCCUCGGCAGGUUUAGCAUCAAACUGAAGGAUUUGAUCAGGUCCCAGUACAGUGACCAGUGGUUCACUUUAAACGACGUCAAGUCCGGACGCAUUCACCUGAUUUUAGAGUGGGUCCCUACAGUGUCCGACCCGACGCGACUGGACCAGAUUCUUCAGCUCCAGUCUCUGCAAACUUAUCAAAACAAAACCGUUCUAUCGGCCGCUCUGCUCUUUGUCCACUUAGAGAGAGCUUAUUCACUUCCUCUGAAGAAAAGUGGAAAGGAGCCUCGAGCUGGAGCCGAGCUGGCUGUGGGACAAACUUCAUAUAAAACUCAGUUGUGUGAGCGCACAUCCAACCCUGAGUGGAACGAGUCUUUCUACUUUAACAUCAAAAACCCUAAAAACGACAUGCUGGUUGUGAAGUUGUCCAGUGGGUGGGAGCAGCCCAUGGGGUCGGUGGUGGUCCCGGUCCGGUCUCUGCUCUCUGGACCAGGUCUGGUUCUGGAUCAGUGGCUCUCUCUGGACGGAGCCGCACCACAGAGCCAGAUACUGCUCAGGGCUGAACUCAAGAUCCUGGACUCCAGACUGGUGGAUCUGAUGCUCGCUGGGUCUCUGCCCUCGGCCUCUGGGAACGGUCAGGUCAAAAUGACUCUGUUUUACCAAACUCCAGAGAGGAAACUCAGCAUCAUCGUACAUGAAUGCAGGGACCUGUUGUCUCAGAGUAAGGACGGUGUUGACAGCUACGUGUCGCUGGCGCUGCUCCCGGACAAACACAAAUCUACAAAGAAGAAGACGGCCGUGAAGAAGAAAGUGCUCGACCCGGAGUUCAACGAGAGAUUUGAGUUUGACUUGUCGCUGGAGGAGGUUAAACAGCGCCAUCUGUCUGUGUCGGUGAAGAACAGCUCAUCUUUUAGAGGACCUGAUGUGAUUGGACAGGUUCAGAUCGAGUUGGCUGAAGUAAACCUGGAGUCUGGAGUUACUCAGUGGUUCACUCUGAAGGAUGAAGCUGAGUGAUUUCUUUGUUUUUUUUUUGUUUUUAUCAAUGCUGUAUUGUAACGUUGCACUGCGCCUACAACCACUCACACUGAUGCCUUUCCUCCAGCCUGAGUCUGCAGCAGCCUUACCUGUCUCUCUGCACGUACACCGAGCGGCCGCGUCGUUGGCUACUCGACGGAGGUCAAGGUGUCAGCUUCAAAUUUGUGAACAGUUUUGGAUGAGUUAAAAUGUUAAAUUCAGAAUUGUUUUGGUUUCUGGCUAUUUAAGGACUAAAAGAGGACUGAAAGAGGGCUGAAACCAGGACUAAAGCAGCACUAAACCAGGAAACUAAAGCAGGGCUUAAUCAGGACUUAAUCAGGACUUAAUCAGGACUUAAUCAGGACUUAAUCAGGACUUAAUCAGGACUUAAUCAGGACUAAGCCAAGACUAAACCAAGACUAAACCAAGACUAAAGCAGGACUAAAGCAGGACUAAAACGGGACUGAAAGAGUGCUGAAACCAGGACUAAACUAAGACUGAACUAGGACUAAACCAGGACUAAAACUGGACUAAAAGAGGGCUGAAACGAGGCUAAACCACGUAAGAACCAAGACUAAACCAGAACUGAACUAGAACUAAACCAGGACUAAACCAGAACUAAAACAGGACUAAAAGAGGGCCGAAAAAAGACUAAACCAGGACUAAACCACAACUAAGCCAGGACUAUAAUAGGAUUAUAACAGUACUAAACAGGACUGAACUAAGACUAAACCAGGACUGAACCAGGACUAAACCAGGACUAAACUUAGACUACACCAGGACUACACCAGGACCAGGACUAAAAUAUGUAGUUUAGUCCUGGUUUAGCCUUGAUAUAGUCAUGUUUUAGUCUUGGUUCCUUGUCCAGUCCUGUUUUGUCUUGGUUAAGUCCUUGAUUAGCCCUGUUUUAGCCCUGCUUCCCUCCUGGUUAAGCUCUGUUUUACCUCGUUUAGGCCUGGUUCAGUUCUGGUUUAGUCCAGUUUUAGUCCCGCUUUAGUCCCGCUUUAGUCCCGCUUUAGUCUCGCUUUAGUCCCGCUUUAGUCCCACUUUAGUCCCGCUUUAGUCCCGCUUUAGUCCUGCUUUAGUCCAGCUUUAGUCCUCUGAGAGCUGUAAUACAGAUUGACCUGUUCACAGUGCCCAGUUGUACCUAAUAACGUGUCCGUCCGGUGUACACUUAGAGUAUUCCUCACCAAAGAUAACCACGCUCUCCAUAUACGACGUACGAAGUUCAAACUGUUCAGGAAAGACACAGACUGAAGAUUUGACAUGAAGAAAUAAUAACAAGAAUGACAAGAAUCGUGUAUUUAAUUAGCUUCAAAAUUUUUAAAAAUGCUAAAUAUUUUUACCAGUUCAGUAUUUUAUGUAUAAGUAGUAAAGUAGAUGAAGGAUUGUUUUUAUAUAUUACACUUUGAAUACGUUUGCAAUGCAUUUUCUUUUACAGUUAAAGCCGAUGUGAGUUUUGUGUAUAUUGGUCAUGAAGAAAAUAUGACAGUGGUUGGAUUGUGAACGUGGACUGGGUUUGUUGAAGGAAACAAACUAAAUAAACGUGAAUUUGCACACA